GGGAGAUCCCAACAGCUACCCAGAAAUAAAGCUUGCUUCGCUGAGGUCUCCUGGUCGUUCUUGCUGGCGAGAGUGACAAGUGGUGCUGAAACCCGGGAACCCUCGGAAACCGAGGAGUUCUCAGUGAACGCAAUGAUCCAGAUGCCCAAGUGCCUAUCUGGGUCCCGGAGCGACUGAUUAGAAGAAUUGAUCAACAUGGCCCGCCCCGUCCUGAUGCUCGGCCUGAUAGCAAUCCUGGCGACACCAGCAUCCCUUCAACAGAUGCACCAACCUACUUUCAUUCCCAUGCCCAUUUCUGUAAAUCCUAACGAUUUGCCUGUAUUGCUUUCAAGACAUAAAAGAGACUUUGGGAUCACUGCAGCCAUUAUUGCGGCUGUAGCGGCCUCCGCAGCUGCAGCAACUACAGCGGCUGUAGCUCUCACCACGUCUGUACAGACUGCCUCCACUCUUAAUAACCUAACGACCGGAGUUGCAGAAGCCCUCGCCACACAAGAACUAAUUAAUGGCCACCUUCAAGCCGGCAUUAUGAUCGUCAAUCAGCGAGUAGAUCUAAUCCAGGAACAAGUGGACAUUCUCCAGAAACUAUUGACGACCGGAUGCAUCCAAUCACUUUCUGGACUUUGCAUAACCUCCGUGGCCUAUAAUGACCUUUCUAUUGCCGCUAAUCUGUCGAAAGAGUUAAGCAGACACCUAAAUGGGACAUGGUCCAAUCAAUAUUAUAAUUUGACAAGAUUGUUAAGACAACAAAUAUUCACUAUUAAUGCAACUAAGAUUGACAUAGCUCCAUUACGGGAUUGGGUAUCUGUUGUAAACCAAUCACUCUCGUUUGCUAAAGAGUGGGCCGGUAUGGGUGCACUAUUAAUUGGACUACUCAUGAGCUUGAUCCUUAUGUUCCGCUGUUUUGCAUCAUUACGUAAACAACAACGUAGACAACAGUUGGUGCUAGUACAAGCUUGCAUGGCACUGGAAGCUGGUACAUUUCCCCAAAUCUGGCUGGCAGCGCUAGAUCGGUAGUCAAU